GUUGUUAUGACAACACCAACCCCGGGGAAUCUCAGAAUAACAAGAAUAAUGGCGGACAUGCACACAGUUUCUGUGGUCGGUCUCCUUAAAGAUGCCGAAUUUCAUAUGAUUAAAGGAGCUGCAGAGCAACUUACCCAGAGAGAACCUGAUGUGUUCACCGAGCCAUACGUCCUGGGUUUGUUGGAGUGUGAUUGGGACACUUUUAUUCGAGAUAAGAAGAAGGAAAUGAGAAAAGAAGUAUGGGGCUUUCAAGAAAAUGUCAUUGUGUUUUUGGAUGAAGAGUUGAUUGGAGGACAUGAGGAUUUUAGAAAGUGGGCCUUGGAUACCCAUGGAUACAGAGAUUUCAGGCCUCUUCCUUUAUGGCAUGCCAUGGCUAAAGAAGCAUAUAACGACCAUCUUCUUUCCACCAAGCAUCAGUUUGUUUACUUGGACAUAGCAGUGGGCCAUGAAAAGAUUGGACGACUAUUGAUUGAGCUGUUCUCUGAAAGACUACCAAAGACAUGUAGAAAUUUUCGUGAGUUGUGUGUAGGAAGUCAGAGUGAAUCAGUGCGGCAUGAUCCCCCUUUGAAGCUGUGGUACAAGAAUUCAAUAUUACACAGAAUAGUUCCUAAUGGCUGGAUACAAGGUGGAGAUAUAGAGGGAGGAAAAGGCACAGGAGGGGAGUCUAUUUUUGGCCCCUUUUUUGAAGAUGAAGACUUUUCCAUACCGCAUGGAAAGAGAGGUAUUGUGGGUAUGGCCAAUAGGGGCCGGCAUACAAAUGGAUCUCAAUUCUUUAUCACGUUACAGCCCGCUCCUUGGAUGGACACGAAAUAUGUUGCUUUCGGUCAAGUAAUAGAGGGUACAAGAGUCCUUGACGAACUGGAAAAACAAGAAACGUUCAAUGAAAGGCCCAAGUCUACCUGCGUAAUUGUCGAUUGUGGAAUAUUCGAUGUGGAAAGCCUUUGGAACACCUCCAGAUAAAUACACUUACUUUGAAAUCAAAGCAAUCCUUAAUUCACCUUGAAUCACUUACAGAUGCUAGAAAAAGGCCUUCGAACAGACUACGUAGCUACAUUAAUUAAAAGGUUUUUAGCGACACAAAAUUUCUCAGAGAGAUAUUCUUUUGAAAGUAUUUAGGAGUAAGUGAUAUUUAACUGUAUUGAACUACGAUUCUAGCUUUUUAUGGAAACCUUGUUGAACAAUUUGGAAGUGACUUGCAUCAAGAGAAUAUUCGCUUGCCCGCACAGAAUAUUUUCCUUUUUUUAUUGUUGUGUGUUUACCGAGAGAUGUAUAUGAGCAAAAUUGCGCCACCAGAAGUCGACUUAAAAUAACCUACGUAGUCAACAAGUUACCAUACCUCUCGCGGCAACAAUCGAUACUGAUUAUUUGUGUGCUUUAUAAAUUCAUUUUUUGAAGCGAAAUAAAGUUAUUUAAAGAUGAUCGCGCUCACAUAAAGCAAGCGAUAGUCGAAUUUCGAAAACUGGGCCUGAUAAAUUAUUUUCUGAUACUGGUACUUUCAUUACCAUUCAUCUUUCCUUAUUUUGUCAGUCUUUUUGAGAGAAUAAUUGCAAAGAGGAAUGAAAAAUGUCUUUCUUAUUCGGAUUGUAUUAUAGUAACAUUUGUUAUAACCUGAAUAUAUGAUUUUAAUUGAUGCAUAAAUUUGUUUUGAAAGAUUUCGAAUAAAGAUUACACUUGGACAGAAA